CAUCCAUUUCCACAAGGCCUGAAGAGCCCAACUCUGAGAGACAGCCGCCAUGGGGAACUGGCAAGUCUGCUGCAAGAGCUUCUGGUGCCGUACCAAGAACCCCGAUGUCCGGAUCAGCCUGCCUGCUGUUUGCUUCGUGUGGCAAAUUGCCAUGAUCAUCCUGUUUGGAGCAUUCGUGCGCUAUAACCCAGAGGUUGAUGCCCACUGGCCGACUUACAAGAAGGAGCAUAAUAUCACAAGUGACAGCGAGAACGACUUCUACUACAGAUAUCCAAGUUUCCAGGAUGUUCAUGUAAUGAUCUUCGUCGGCUUUGGCUUCCUCAUGACCUUCCUGAAGCGCUACAGCUUUGGCGGCGUGGGCUUCAACUUCCUCAUCGCUGCCUUCGGUAUUCAGUGGGCUCUUCUGAUGCAGGGCUGGUUCCACUCAUUGGACCCAGUUGAUGGAACCAUCAAAAUUGGAGUGGAAAGCAUCAUCAACGCUGACUUCUGUGUGGCCUCAUGCUUAAUCGCAUUUGGAGGUUGUCUUGGAAAAGUCAGCCCUGUCCAGCUGAUGGUGAUGACCCUGUUUGGAGUCACCUUGUUUGCGGUGGAAGAGUACAUCAUCCUUGAACUUCUUCAUGUCAAAGAUGCUGGUGGUUCCAUGACCAUCCACACAUUUGGAGGUUAUUUUGGUCUGAUGGUAUCAUGGGUUCUCUAUAGACCAAAUCUGCACCAAAGCAAACGUCUGCAUGGUUCUGUUUACCACUCUGACCUCUUUGCCAUGAUCGGAACUCUCUUCCUCUGGAUGUUCUGGCCCAGUUUCAAUUCUGCUAUUGCCAGCCAUGGAGACGGUCAACACAGGGCAGCCAUCAACACCUACCUGAGCUUAGCCGCAAGCGUCCUCACAAGCUAUGCCAUCUCCAGCCUCUCGGCUAAAAAGGGCAAGCUAGACAUGGUUCAUAUCCAGAAUGCUACACUUGCUGGAGGUGUAGCCAUGGGAACAGCUUCUGAGUUUAUGAUCACGCCCUACGGCUCACUCAUCGUUGGCUUCUUCUGCGGGAUCAUUUCAACCUUUGGCUACCUGGUGCUGUCUCCAUUCAUGGAGAAGCAUAUGAAGAUCCAGGACACUUGCGGAAUCCAUAAUCUGCAUGCUAUGCCAGGCUUCCUGGGUGCAAUUGUGGGCGCCAUCACAGCUGCCACUGCAAGCGAGUCCAUAUAUUCAAAGGAAGGACUGGCCAAUGUCUUUGAGUUGGUGGGCACAAAAAGAACAGCAGGACAACAGGGAGGCUACCAGGCUGCAGGUCUUUGCGUGGCUCUUGUCUUCGCAAUCGUUGGUGGCGCAAUAGUGGGCUUCAUCCUGAGGCUACCAAUCUGGGGAGAUGUAGCAGACGAUAACUGCUUUGAUGAUGAAGUUUACUGGGAGUUACCUGAAGAUGAGGAAAGCAUCCCUCCAAUUCUGGAAUAUAAAAACCACAUGGACUCCAAGAACCCUGAUGCAUGCAUGUCUGAAUCCAACUUCUCUAUAGAACAGAGCUAGAAGCUGCUACUCCCACCCAAAUCUCCACCCAAUUCUACAGUGAACCAGAUGACCUGCUGUA